AAAAUAUUCUCCUUUGAAUUUACAGGUCAAGACCAAAGAGGGACUCGUCCCGAGUUGAAGUUCCUGCUCUCUUUUUAAUUGUUCAUCAUAGAUAACACCAUGUUCAAGAAGCCAUUUCAUGUCAAGUCUAAUGCUGCAAUGAAAGGAUCAGAUAAGCGUAAGAUGAAGAGCUCCGUCCUGCUGCAGUUCGGUGAAAUCACCUCGGAUCAGGUGGAUUCCAUCUUUCCUAACAAAGCCCAGACAACUUCAAUGAAGAUCCAGACACACACAGGAGAACAUAUGGUGGUCUACUGCGUAGAUGGGGUGCCGGCUUUCUUCGAGAAUGAGAAGGUUCUUUAUCCUACAGUUUACACGCUCUGGAAAUGUCCAUCAUUGCUUCCAUGUCUCACUACAUUCCCUGCUGUAAUAGAGAAGUUGAUUGGAGGAGCAGAUCUCAUGCUACCAGGGGUAGUCGUGUCAGAGACGGGACUUCCCCUUCUGGAGAAAUCACAAGUAUGUAGUGUGAACGUUGUUGGUAACCUUGCUCCUAUUGCUAUAGGAACUGCCUCCAUGUCAUCAUCAGAUAUGUUGGGUUGUGCCAUGAAAGGAAAGGGAGUGUUAACACUGCACUGUUUUGGUGAUCACCUGUGGGCAACUGGUGGCAAACUAAAACCACCACAGAUCGACCCGAUCCCUCAAGACUCGCCAUCGCACAGUGAUAGCGCCACCAAUGUUGAGAACUCUGCAGGAAGUGAUAACAAGACAGACAGGACUGAAGGCCUAGAUGGCCAGAGUGCAGCUGAUGGAGAUGUAUGCCAAGGAGAUGAAGAGGGUGGUAUCGAGGAAGAAGUUGCUGGUCUAUCGCUGGGUGGAGGAGCAGUCGGAGGAGAGGAGGUAGUGGAAGAAGAUGCAGCGGAAGAAGUUUCACCCGUAGAUGCCAUGGAUGAACUUCUCCGCCAGUGUUUAUUACACAGUCUCAAGAAAAAAGUGAAGCCUUCAGACUUGCCAUUGCUGACGAGCUCAUUGUAUAGGAAUUAUAUGCAGACAUGCGGUCCAGAAGGGAAGAGUCUAGAUCUGAAGAAAUCUAGCUACAAGAAGUUGUCCAAGUUCCUGCAAGCCAUGCAGGAGAAAGGUCUGCUAGAUGUGAGGGAGUUGCGCGUUGGUGUUGAUAGCAUCACAGCAAUCCACAAAGACCAUGAUGAAAUACGAUCAUUUGUACCUUUACCUGAUGCAAGCGAUCCUGGUGAGCAAUCUGACGCAGCCUCCAACCAAUCCUCAAGCUCGAAGGCACCUGAAGGACCCCCAGAGAUCAGGCAAUUCUAUGCUGUAUUACCCAACCAAGUACCAGUACUCCAGCACAGUGGGUACAAGAGAGGUUGUUGGAUGACGAAAGAAGAUGUCAGGAAUGCUGUAACAGCCUACAUCAAGAAUGAGAGCUUGGUAGACCAAAAUGAUUAUAGUCGUGUUACACUCGACCCUAUUCUCCACGAUGCUGUUGUAAACAAGUCUGAAGGCAGCAUCACUCAUCUAAAAUGGGAUCAGCUUUUCACAAGGUUUUUACAUAAGAUGAAUCCCGGAUAUCAGAUAGUCUUCCCUGGCGAGCUCCCAGCUGGAGUUCAACCUCCGAUCCACAAAGGCCAGGUCCAGCCAAUCAUACUAAAGUUAGACCGCAAAGCAGGCAAUAAAUGGAUCACUGUGAUCCAGAACCUAGAACAGUUCAGCCUGGACCCCAAGGAGUUCGCCCACCGGUUGCAGAUAGCUGUAGCGGCCAGCACUACGGUGACUGAAUGCUCCAAUGCCAAGCUAGGCCUACAGGUCACCGUGCAGGGCAACCAAAUUAAGUUCCUUGACAAAUUUCUAACAGGUCACUACCAAAUCCCUAGGAGGUAUAUCGAUGGUCUUCAGCAGACUGCAAAAUCCAAAGGAAAAGGAAAAAGAUGAUGAAGGCCGUCAUUAUUGGGUUAUAUUAUUUUAUGUAACAACGAUAUAGAACUUAAUAUAUUUAUAUCUAUGCAUGAUAGAUUGUAUCAAAACAUUUUGGAAUGAUUUUCAUUUUGAUUUCCCAAGUUAUUCUUAACUUUGUCAUUUGAAUACGGACUAUAAAAUGAAUAAAUUUAUGACUAAUAGCGUUCUUAAAGGACAAGUCCACCCCAACAAAAAGUUGAUAUGAAUAA